AUGACGCCCACCCUCGUGUUCAUCCACGGCUCAUGGCACACAGCCUCCUGCUUCGACAAACUCACAACCCACCUCCAAACCACCCACCACCUCCCCAGCGUCUCCGUCUCCCUCCCCUCCAACAGCGGCGACCCGAACCUGGGCAUCGACGCCGACAUUUCCGCUGCCCGCGCCGCCAUAACCGCCGAAACCAACCGCGGCCGUGAUGUCAUCGUCGUAGUGCACUCCUUUGGCGGCGUCGUCGGGUGUAGCGCUAUCAAGGGACUCGCUGGUCGACCUCGCUCUGAUACCAUCCCCGGAAGCACCACCGACCAAGGAGAGGAAGGCAAAGAAGGCCACGUAAUAGGCCUAAUAGCCAUAACAACCGGUUUCCCCCUCACGGGCGUAGCCUUCAUGGCCCCCCUCCUCGGCCUGCCCCUCCCCUUCUUCCGCAUCAACCACACCACCGGCUUCGCCGACCUCACCGCUUCCCCUUACUCCCUCUUCUACCACGACAUCACCCCGCGCUCCGAAGCCGAUUACUGGGUUAGUCAACUCCGACCGCAAAGCCUGAAGGCGCUGUAUGAGGGCGGGGAAUAUGUCUAUGCCGGGUGGAGGGAGAUGACGGGGGGACGGGUGUGGUAUGUGAGUGGGGGCGAUGAUAGGGCGAUGCCGCCGGUGGGACAGAGGGUGGUGGUUGGGUUGGCGAGGGGGAUGGGGGUAGGCGUGGAGUUUAGGGAGAUUGGGGGGGCGGGGCAUUCGGUUUUUUUGAGUCGGGUUGAGGAGACGGCGGGGGUGGUGGUGGAGGCUGUGGAGGCUUUUACGGGACGGGAGGUGGGGGAGUUUGGGGGGACGGUGGUUGUUGGGGGCGUGAGGUGGGUGAGGCCGUGGAGUUGGGUCAAGUAUGGGCUGCCGAUGGGGUUUGGGUGGGUGGUGGGCCGGGGGUUGUUGGGGUGGGAGUGGUUGAGGGGGUUGUGGAGGUGA